UUCUGCUCUAUUUGUGCACAUUUAAAUUUCUGACCGUGUGACUAGACUGUCCCAGGAUGCCUUCUUUUACAAACGGUGGGAAUGCCGAAUCGGAUACAUUUUUGUUCACUUCCGAGUCUGUUGGUGAAGGACAUCCAGACAAAGUUUGUGAUCAAAUAAGUGAUGCCAUACUUGAUGAGUUUCUGCGCCAGGAUCCUGAGGCUAAAGUAGCAUGUGAAUCCUUCGUAAAAAGUGGACUUAUUCUUGUUGGGGGCGAAAUCUCGUCGAACGCUGUAGUUGACAUACAGAAAACUGUUCGCGAUGUUGUGAAGCAUAUCGGUUACGAUGAUACUCACAAGGGUUUAGAUUAUAAGAAUUGCAAUGUCUUAACAGUAAUUGAGCAACAAAGUGCAGAUAUCGCGAAGGGUGUACAUGAAGGAAGAAAAAUUGAAGAUAUUGGUGCUGGAGACCAGGGAUUAAUGUUUGGUUAUGCAACUGACGAAACUGAAGAAUGUAUGCCCUUAACAGUUACCCUAUCACACUCUUUAAAUAAACGCAUAGCCACAUGUAGGCGUAAUGGUAUUUUGCCGUGGGCGGGUCCUGAUUCAAAGACUCAAGUGACCGUAGAGUAUUUAAAUGAUCAUGGAGCUUGUCGACCUUUACGAGUACAUACAGUGGUCAUUUCUACACAACAUGAUGAACAUGUAACUCUAGAAAAAGUUCGAGCUGAUUUAAUGGAAUAUGUUAUUAAUGAAGUAAUCCCUACAAAUCUCUUAGAUGAAAAAACUAAAUAUCAUUUAAAUCCAGCUGGAAGAUUUGUAAUUGGUGGUCCUCAAAGUGAUGCUGGUUUAACUGGCAGGAAAAUCAUUGUAGACACAUAUGGAGGCUGGGGUGCACACGGAGGUGGGGCAUUUUCUGGGAAAGAUUAUUCCAAAGUUGAUCGGUCCGCAGCUUAUGCAGCACGUUGGGUGGCUAAAUCCCUUGUAAAAUCUGGCCUUUGUCGCCGUGUCCUAGUCCAACUCUCGUACGCUAUCGGGAUUGCAGAACCAUUGGCUAUUAAUGUAAACAGUUAUGGAACUGGAAAGAUUAGCGAUAAGAAAUUAUUGGAUAUUAUUGUGAAUAAUUUCGAUCUACGUCCUGGAGUAAUAGUCAAAGACUUAGAUCUCCGAACACCUCGUUAUUUACAAACUGCUGUUUAUGGCCACUUUGGUCGACCGGAAUUCCCAUGGGAACAAUGUAAAAAGUUAACAUUCUAACCUGUGAAAGAUCAAGGCAUCCGUUUUUUGUUGAAAAUCCAAUCAUGAAUAUAUUUAUAUAUAUAAUAAAUUGGAGACACAAAUUCUGUUUGUUUACUACUUUACUUAAUUUUGCAUUUGCUAGUCACAUCCUUUUCAAUCACCUAUUACUACUCCUCCACUCCACUCCACUCUUCUACUCUCUAAAGUGUUCUCUCAUAUUUAUAUAUCGCAUCAUGGAACUGAAUCGUUCAUUAGUGUAUUUAAAAUAAUCAUUGUCAUUCCUUGGUUAUGUUUUACGAUUUUUUUAAAGAAAAAAUUAAAAUUGUA